UGCCGCGCCGUUUCUAGUUUCCCUCGGAACUGACUCCGACAAAAGGCAACUGAGCCAACACCUUUUGGCGGCAUCAAUAGUCAUGAGAAAAUGGAAGUCGCUGUCUUGAUGUGCGGUCGUAGAUCGUGAGCCUGUCUUGAGUUGAGGCCAGCCCGAAGCGAAAAGGUGCAACUGGCCCCAACCUUUCGUCUCUCAGUGUUGGGAUUCAGGUCGGAGAUAACGCUCGUGAACGAAGGUGAUCGCGCCCACGCGUUUGAACUACUACGUAGUACAAAUUCCUCAAUCUUCAAUUCGGCUUUUGCCUCUGUACUGUGGAGGCCGUUGGCCGAGCGCGCUGUUGAUGUUGAAGUGCUUGACAGCUUCUCUACCAUCUGUCCGCCGUGGCCAGUAAGCUCUUGACCUGCCUCAGCUUCUGCCGCGCUAUAAUACAGUAACAGAGACUCGCAUGGAGCGAGGUCACCAGAUGCGACCGAAACACGGGGGAAUAAGAGCACCCUACUGGGUAUCCAAGCUCACAGAGUAUCUCAUCACAUUGCUACUAGAAUGGUCCAGUGCUAUCGAUGAUUAUUUGACGUAUGUCGACCAGCGGAGGAGAGAGAUCGCUUUAUCAGACAGAUGGUCUGUUCCGCAACUCCCAUGGUCUCCAGUAUCGGUGGCGCACAAUACAUGUUUGCAAGGGCAACAGUUACUUUUGCCAAGCAGCACUGAUUUCUAUCCAGCAAUAAAUAUUCUAAACUAGCAUACGUACGCCGCCCUCAAAAUUGGGCAGCGUCCUGCGCAAGGAACGCAUCGAGGUCGUCCAAGUCGCCAUCGCGCGUCUCAAUCGCGUUUUCUCGUCGGCGCUGCGCCUUCUCGGCCCUGGCUUUGGCUUCCUUCUCCUCAUGCUCGCGCUUCGCCUCCAUCGUCGCAAGUCUUACUCUUUCUUGCUCCUGCAACUGCAGCAUGCGCGCGGUAGCAGCUCCGGCAUCGCGCCGGUCGGUUUGGCGCUGUAGACGCCGCUGCUGCUGCUCGAGGUGCUUCUGGUCCUGGAGGAGCUGACUCAAUCGUUGCUGCGUCUGUGCCUUCAGAGCCUGUACUUGCUGGAGUUCCGACUCCAGGUCGAACAGCAGCUGCUCCUCUUCGUACUCCUCGUCGGUCUCGAACCGGCGCUUGGACAUCGAAGUUCGCCGCCCGCGGCCCUGCACCGCCGACAUCUCAGGAGAAGUGGCUUCAACAGCCUGAUUCUGGUCCGCAAUGAUUGGCGCUGAUGCAGUUUGUGUUUUCCACACUAAUAUCGUGUGGAAAACACCAUUCCAAUCAUUUGCAAGAGCAAGCCAAGAUGGGUGACGAGGAGAUCUCGGCGCCUCCUAGCGACGCAGAGCAGAAGCUUUACGCGCUAAAUGCUCUGCAAGUAGUGGGUGGCUGGUCAGUACAUGACGACGGCGAUGGGCGGAUCUUUUACUAUGACCACAAGACCGACUCGUCCCAAUGGGAGGUCCCUGACGACCUCGCGUCGCUCGAAACCGAGUUCAUGAUGAAGCUCAUGUUGCAGAACGCUGUGGCUCGCUCUGGUGUGUGGACAGCGCAUGACACAGGCAAUGGUACGCUGUAUUACUUCAAUUCGAAGACGCGUGAGUCGGUUUGGGAGCGUCCCAGCAGGUGGGGUGAGGAGGAGGCUGCUGCAGUGGCUGAAAGAGCGAGAGAAGAGGAAGAGCAACACAAGGCAGCCAAGAAAGAGAAGAAGGAGAAGAAGAAGCACAGAAAGCACAAGAAGCACAAAGAGGAGCGGGAUGACGAGGCAGAACAGAAGGAAGUGGAGGCAAAAGACGAGGAACCAGCACAGGAAGUGGAGGAGGAAGUACCAUUAACGGAGGAGGAACUGCAAUCCGAAGUGGAGCGUAAGGCUCGUGAACAGAAACGCAUUGAACAAUUUCGAGCCAUGCUGCGCGACAAGAACAUCAUGCCUUUGACCAAGUGGUCCGUUGCGCUGCCACAAAUUGCAGGAGAUCCUCGGUUUAUGGGUGUGCCAACGAUGGAUGAGCGUCGUGCAAUUUUUGAACACUUUGUUGCACACCGUCGAGAUGAUUUGAAGGCAGAGAAGAAGAGUAAAUUGAAGCAGGCUAAGAAGCUGUUCACUGAACUAUUACGCGAACAGUUUCAGUUGAAUUCGUGGGAGCCAAACACUACAUUGAGCGUCUUCCUUUCGACUUUGGAGAACUAUCUUGAUGCUCAGCGAUACAAGCAGAUUCAAGACGACGCAUUAGUGCUGUUGACUUUGUCUGCUCAAGAAAAGAUUUAUGCUAAAGCAGUAGCAGAUUAUAAAUCUGAAGCGCUUAAACGAGAUGGAGAACAGCUACGUCUUACCAGGUUCCUGGAGGAAAAGCUUUCUACUCAAGAUAAGACGACGAUGAAAUGGGAGAGUGAUGAAGUACAGAAUCUUGUUCGUGAUUUCUACAGCUCUGCAGCUUCGAGUGGUGAAUCAACAGCAUUGCUAUCCGAGCAACAACAGAAGCAGGUGUUUGAGGAGAUAGUAUUGCGAUCGACCCGUGAUCAUGACUUAACGCGUGAUGAAGAUGAUCGGAAGCAACCAGAGCGUUCAGAUCCGCGGCGUCGAUCUCCAUCACAUUCGAGUGAACACAAGCAUCGGGGAUCGAGUCCACGAGAGUCACGCCAUGCUUAUCACGAUCGCCAUGAGUCUCGUCGACGGCGUAGUCGCAGUGACAGCCGAUCACAGUCCCGUGGGCGUGAAAGGAGCCACCGCAGUCGAAGAAGUAGUCGGCGACGCUCAGUGUCUUUGUCGCGAUCCCGGUCUAGAUCUCGCUCCCGCGAAGAGCGGUCAUCUAGGAGAUCGUCCCGCCAUCAUCGCCACCGCUCGUCCUCGUCAUCGAGAUCUCGCUCGCGAACUCGCAGAUAAUUAUGCAGCUACGAAAGGGACGCUAAAAAGCCAAUACGUUGGUAUCGAAUUAGUAUUGACAAGUCCAAAACUGAGUGCUACUUGCUGAAAUAGUCUAAAAGAUUUGCUUCUUGGGAGCCGAUCCUGGUAAUGGGGAAAAGUCCACGGUCCGAAGGACGUAUUUUGGCUCGUCGACGAUCUUCAUGACCGCCUGGACACCAUAAUCUAGCGGCACCGAGUAGAUACCAUCGAUGUUGACUUUCAUAUCCCAUCCGAGAGACCGCAUCGAUACUCGACGAGCUUUGCCUCUGCAGAUAUCAACACAACGCCAUCAAGUUAGCACUCACUCUAGCAAAUGUUCAAAGCAAACAUGAUGAACGCACCGUCGAAACCUGAUGUCACCGAAUGUAGCGUUAAUAAUCGGUUCGCGAACAACAUAGCCCAUGUCGCGCGAAUCCUCCGGGAAGACGUUCUGCUUGUUAAUACUGAGAAAGGAAGCACAACAACCACCAAAUUGUCAGUUUCCGGCGCACCUUUGACUACAUCUAAAAAAUAACCUUACGAUUCUGUCAGCUC